AUGUUUCGAGACCUCAUCUCCCAUGAUUGUAGUAAUUCAAAAAAGGAAAUCCAAAGUAUACAAGAUGUUAUUGAUCUAAUGAAAUGCAAAUCUAGGCAGAAAAUGUUUUCGGAAAUUUUCAAUGUGUUAAUGCUUUUUUUGACAUUACCUGUAAAAACUUGCACAGCAGAGAGAAGUUUCUCAGCCUUAAGAUGUCUAAAAACGUAUCUGCGAUCCACAAUGGGACAGGAGAGGCUGAACCAUGUAGCGAUACUACAUUGCUACCGAACCUUAACUGAGUCAAUUGACAUUAAACAAUUAUGCAAUGAUUUUUUAAACGAAAUGAUUUACGAUUAA